GGUGGAUGAGGUGGUUCAAAGACGAUACUAAGCCAAGUUGGUUGUCUCUUCCACAAGAAGAAGUCCACUAUACUUGUUAUCCAUCUCUCUUAUCGCUUCCUUUAGACACUUUGCUUCGUAUAUGUUCCUAUCUUCCUGGAUAUGAACUUGCCAAAUUACAAAUUGCCGUCUCCUCCAAAGCUUUUGUUCAAGCAACAAGUGAUGCUCACUUAUGGAGGAAUGCUUUCUAUAGAGAUUUUGGUAGAAAAAUGCCCCCAGAAAUCUAUAUUCAUGAAGGCCGAAUAGACUGGAAAUAUGCUUAUGCAACAAGGUUUGUGAAGAACAGGACAAACCAAAAAGUGCUGAGAGAAAAUUUUAUUCGAGAAGGAAACAUUUGGCGCUUUCCUCGAACCUUGGAAGAGAAACAGCGGUUGGCUAGUAAAAUUUAGUCACCCUGUAUAGAGAAUCGAUAAC